AUGUCCGCAAUCUACUCCGUCUUCACUUCUCCAAACCAUCCGCCAGUACCAAAUCAUUUACCAACUUUGAUCGUCACACCGGUGAACAAUCCUCACCAUGUUUUAUACUCGUAUAUCCACACAUCAUUCAACCAAGAGACCUAUUUGCUCACACCAUCUCCACAAGGUGAUUUGUGUGUUGCAAAGAUGGUCCCUCCUCAAGGUUCUCGUGGCCCAGGCGGUCCAGGAAAUAUGUCAGAUUCAAGUCAUUCCUCCGAUCCAAGUAGAGACAAAACUGUUCGUUGUGAAGCUUCUAGAAAUUUGAAAUGGUCCAUCACAAACACUGGUAUUCAUGCACCCGUGUACAAAUUGACAUUGCCCAAUCCAGACGCCCCAGGAAAUGAACAACCUCUUUUCCAAAUCUCCAAGCCAAAUCCCAAUGCAACUUUCUGGACAAUGUUCUACUUUACCUAUGCCGGACAUCUUAUUCCACCUAAGCGAAUUGAAUUUGGAAAGAUUCAAAAGAAUUCUGCUACCGGUGGUGGAGGUGGAACAAGAGUUUCUAUAACGGGUAAAAGUGAAGAAGAGAAAGCUGUUUGGCAAACAUUGGGAGAAGGGAAUGAGGAUAUGGUGGAAUGGAUCGUUUUGUGUGCAGCUUUGAAUUUAUUGGAUGAGGAGAUCAUUAAAGCUGCUGAGAAAGCAUCUGGUGGUGGAUCAGUGAAUGGAGUCAAUAAACGCUCUGUUCCCUCUAGCAGACCGCAAGGAAAUGGUGUUCCAGGACAACAAGCGGCGCAACAACAACGAAUGCCUAUGCCUCAACAACCACAACAAAGGCAACUUCCUCCUCAUUUGAACACGCAACAAGGACAGCCUCGUUCUAUGUAUCCACCCGGCAUGAACGGUCAAGGACCACAAAGACAACCAAGUCCUUACGAAAGAGGGCCCAAUUCGCCUGCAUCACCAAUGGGAGGUUCUGGCUUUCGAUCACCAAUGGGAGGACCAGGUGCUAGAUCACCGAUGCCCGGUCAAAUGCCAGGACAGAUGCCGCCACAAAUGCAUCAGCAACAGCAAAUGCAAAGACCAAUGCCACCACAGAUGCAACAACAAAUGCCCAUGCCAAAUGGUCAAAAUGGAUAUUAUAACGGCGGAUCGAGGCCAUUUUAAAAAGUUUUUCCCCAUUUUUUUUUCUCUUUAUCGUCCUCUGUAAAUGUAGUUCAUCUUUGUACGUUUAUAAUAAUUCAUCGCGAUCUGUACGGGCUAAUGGACAUUAUUUCACUAC